CAUUCGUUUCGUGCUCGCCAGUGAUAACACAAGUAAAAACUGAAAUUCUAAACUUCAUUGCUUCAAAUUAAGUACCAAAGUAAUUUUAAUCGCUUUAAACUGUGACUUUCCAACUAUUUUUCCUUGUUUUUCACUCACGUCAAGUUUUUAAUUCCAAAUCGUAAGAUGCCAGUUAUUCGGUUACAAUCAUCAGAUGGAGAAGUCUUCAAUGUGGAGACUAAUGUGGCAAAAGUUUCGGGAACGAUCAAAACCAUGUUGGAAGAUUGUGGUAUGGAAGAAGAAGAUGAUACCACUGUGCCUCUGCAGAAUGUGGACUCAAACAUUUUGGGUCGUGUUUUGGAAUGGGCAAAACAUCACCAAAAUGAUCCCAUUCCAACCGAUGAUGAUGACAACAAGGUAAAACGUACCGACGAUAUUCCGGCAUGGGAUGUCGACUUUUUAAAUGUGGAACAAGGUAUUUUGUUCGAAUUGAUUUUGGCUGCCAACUACUUGGACAUCAAAGGACUGAUGGAUUCCGCUUGCAAAACCGUGGCAAAUAUGAUAAAAGGCAAAAAGCCCGAAGAAAUUCGCCGUACAUUCGAUAUUCCGAAUGAUUACACAGCUGAGGAGCGAGAACAAAUUGCGAAAGAGGACAAAUGGUGCAUCGAAAUAUGAGAAAUCAACACGAAUUCAAAUCGAAGCAUCUUAACGUUGAAUAAUGAAAAGAAGAACACCAUUUACCACCAAUUUAUUUUGAUCCAUUUGAACUUUUGACAGUGAAAUAAUUCCGAAAAACAGAAACUCAUUAAUUUAUCUACUCAUGAUAAAAGGAAAUAUAUUUUUCAAAGUCCAGUAUAAACCAUAAAAUCAUGUAAUCUCUGAAUCCCGCUGAAUCUCGAUAAAUAAAAAUAUUUUACGUUUGCUUCACCCCA